GCACGGGUUGCGCGGCCGCGGGGCGUUCUCGGUGCGCGCAGGCGGUGGCGAGCUAGGCUACUGUGGCCGCGUGCUGGGAGGAGGCUGGAGCCCUGUUAGGAAGAAUGGAGUUGGCGACUCGCUCCCAGAUACCUAAAGAAGUGGCUGACAUUUUUAACGCCCCCAGCGAUGAUGAAGAUUUCAUUGGCUUCCGAGAUGACAUUCCCAUGGAAACCCUCUCCUCAGAAGAGAGCUGUGAUAGUUUUGACUCACUGGAGUCAGGGAAAAAGGAUGUGCGUUUCCAUUCCAAGCACUUCACGGAAGAGCUGAGAAGAAUUUUUAUAGAGGACACAGAUUCAGAGACCGAAGAUUUUGAAGGCUUUACACAGAGUGAUCUGAAUGUAAACAGUAACCCAGAAAUAAUGCUCGUGGAAUCAGAUCUGAGUGACGAUGAUGAAGCAUUUUUAGUGAGUAAGGAAAAGGAAGAUGAUGAUGAAGAAAAGGCUACGCCUCGAAGAGGCAGGCCCAGGAGAAGCAGUAUCGGUCUCCGGGUGGCCUUUCAGUUUCCCACCAAGAAACUGGCAAAUAAAUCACUUAAGAAAAACAGUUCUUCUGAGCCAUCGUUUUCUAGCUCAUGCUUUCAGGACAAUAAAAAAACAAUUCUUGGAAGAAAGAAAAGCUGCAGACAGGGGACUCAAAGGGAAGAGUCUGCCUCUGAGUCUGAGGAUGACUGCAGGGAUGGGAGCCCGGAGAACUCGGACGCCCUGCUGAAAAGGACCAUGAACAUCAAGGAGAACAAAGCCAUGCUUGCUCAGUUAUUGGCGGAAUUGAAUUCUGUGCCAGAUUUCUUCCCUGUACGAACCCCGAAUUCAGCUUCUAAGAAGAAAACAGUGAGACGAGCCUUCUCAGAGGGACAGAUCACGCGGCGCACAAACCCCACCCGCAGCGCACGGCCUCCUGAGAAGUUUGCUCUAGAAAACUUCACUGUCUCAGCCAAGUUUGCAGAAGAGUUUUACAGUUUCAGAAGAAGGAAGACAAUUAGUGGGGGGAAAUGCCAGGGGUAUAGGCGACGUCGCCGUGCAUCUUCUUUUCGGCCGGUGGAGGAUAUUACUGAAGAGGACCUGGAAAAUGUUGCCAUAACUGUUCGAGACAAAAUCUAUGAUAAAGUUCUGGGCAACACUUGCCAUCAGUGUCGACAGAAGACCAUCGACACCAAGACAGUGUGUCGAAACCAGAACUGUGGAGGAGUGCGGGGACAGUUUUGUGGACCCUGCCUGCGUAAUCGCUACGGGGAGGAUGUGAGAUCUGCAUUGCUGGACCCGGAUUGGAUGUGUCCUCCUUGCCGUGGGAUCUGUAACUGCAGUUACUGUCGGAAGCGUGAUGGCCGCUGUGCCACGGGGAUCCUCAUUCAUUUGGCCAAGUUUUGUGGUUACAAUAAUGUAAAGGAAUACCUGGAGAGCUUACAAAGGCAGCUGGUAGACGACAAUUAAAAGAAAAAAGAACUGUCCAGCUCAUCAUAGAUUAUUCCAACAAGACAUGUUAUACCACUUGUGCCUAUGAUUUCUUAGAUUUUUAUACAGAAAUUCUUUGUGUAGAGUAUAUGGUUUCAAAAUAUUUUUUUACAGGUGAUUUACAAUUGCUCAACAAAGAUUUCUCAGGAAAACAGCAAAGCAGAGGAAUCUAAAAUGCAAUAUGUACCAUUUUACACAGACCUAUUUGUAUUUUGAAUUGCCAAAAGUAUGUGCCUCUGAUUAAAACAGUUUAAGUCGGUGGAAAGUUACAGAGAAAACAUUGUAUAAGCAGCUCCUGUCUUUGAUAUUGUUUAUCUAUGUUGCUUUGCUUUGAUCUUUGACAGUGACUCUGGGACCAGUUUUAUUGGGGUUAUAUAACCAUAACCCUUUAGUUCACUUUAUCAUGACUGACUAUCAUAACAAACCAACCUUGGUUUAACCUGCUCUGGGUCUUUGUAAUUUAUAUUGUAAGAAGUGCAAUUAACCAUAGAACUCUAGAUUACUAGAGUUAUAUUUUUAUAAAAAGUUGAGUGAACAAAAGUAGAGCAUCAGAUUAUAGACACUGGAGGCCUCGGAGUGCUGCUAGCCAGCAGGAGUGUCUGCCUACUUGUUCCAGGCUCGACCACUGCUUCUGUGUUUUAAGAGAACGGAAGAGCUCAUUUUUAACUUGAGAAGAUUUUGCUGUUUAAUAUCUGUAAGAGCUAAAACCCCAUUUAAUGACAAAUUUCCAGGCAUGUUGUUUUUGAGAUUGUGUGUUUAAUGGAACCCUGAUGAAAAUGUGAGGGAUACUGUCCUUUAAUUUGUGUUUAGGGGCCUUUGGGAAAGCUAACAUCAACAGAGAGAGUCCAAAUAGGUUUCCCCAAUUUUUUCUAUUUGUUUUGUUCUCUUCCCUUUUGCUGCCUUUUUAAGGAGGAUGUUUUAUUUUAAGUAAAGUUAAUGCACAGAUGACAGUGCAGGGUCCAGUCCUCCGUGCGCUCUGGCGGAAGCAGUCAUUCCCACCUUAUGCUUCCAGCAGGAGAGCCACACCCGCCAGAACCCAUUUCGCCGUCUUUUCUUUGCUCUUCAGCCUGAAGGACCAGACGUAGUCAGGGCCCCUCCUUUUGGUUUUGUACACAGGACACUCGUAGGUGUGUUUGGUCUCUUGUCUGUCCAUGGGUAUGGCUUUGGCAAAGAUGACUGGCAUCACUGACGUCAGCUCCUGGAGGCGGGCGUCAGCAAUGGUUCCUGACUGGACAUCCCACCGGGCACCUAAGGCAAAAAACAGGAGGGUGGCGUUGAGCUCAUUGUUCUAGGCAAUAAACGUUCUGGUUUUGUUGUGUUA